AUGCCCAAAUCCAAAGUCAGUGCUAGUGCCCGUAACAAAGCUAUCGACCCCACUCGUGCAGCUACCAAUUCAAAAGUCCUCAAGACUCGUGAUGCAGCAAAGACAAAGACUAAGAACACGAAAGCAACUGUUUGUACCAAUGAGCAGCUCGAGAUAGCUACUGCCAGUCGUGGAGAUGUUAUCUUGAUGGAAUCUGACGCACCCUCUAACAAAGAGAACAAUAGUAUGAAGGCUGUAUCUGUCGGAAAACGCAAGGACAGGAAGGCAGAUGGCAAGGCACCACGUGUGAAUAAUAAGGACAAGGACAUUGCAGUAGCAGUCUCCGAGGCUCCCGCUGUACCCGUUGUUGUCAAUGACAAUCCAUUUGUCCCAGGACCACGUCCGUACUCACGCAAAGGCAAGAAUGCUGAGACUGUCGUUCUGAACAAGUACCGUGCCUCCAUUGAUGAGCUCCGUCGUCGUGCUGAUGAACUCGAAUACCGUAUUCAUAAUGGUGACACAUCGGCGUUGUAUGAGGAAGAAGUUGAUGCUCACAUUCAUCGUGGACGCAAGAACAUAGCACAUGAUGAGAAGGUCCGCGUCGCUGCUAGAUAUGAAGGCGCCAAAGCUACUGACGCAAUCAAGACUACCAACAACGUCAAUCACAGCAAAUAUUUUAUCAAGAAUGUUACAGAUACGAAAUGCUCUCCUGAAGAUGUCAUCUGCAAGCCUGAGGGUCAACUUUCAGAACCAGGCAGAGGUGGGUACAAGCUUCGGGAAGCUAUGCAGCUAAAUGAUAGCAAAGACUACUCCACAUUUCGGAGCACUGUUAGGUCAACUGUCAUUCGCUGCCACGUCGACUACAGUGUCCCAUUCUCCCAGCAACUUCCUGAAGUCAUCGCUAACUUUUGCAAGCUGCUCGUGAAGGAGCAGCCUUAUCUAACGAAGAAUCGCUUCCCCGGAUACUGGGCUUCCCGUGCUGCUUUGAAAAGUAAUAUCAGCUAUGUCCGUCGCUACGAGACCAGGAAGACCAAGGGCAAACGGGUUCGACCUUACACCCAUUACGUUGACACACAAGCAGAAAUCCACAUUGAAGGAGAAAGUGAUGAGGAGAAAGAGGAGGAGGAGGAGGAGGAGGAGGAGGAGGAGGAGGAGGAAGAUGAUGAUGAUGGAUUUCGAUAUGACUGGUAUGCGGGCUAUUACAAGGAUGAAUUUCAUCCGACCGAGGGUACACAGUGGAUGGUGAUUGGAGGUCAGUUAUUGGAUAGUUUGCGGGCUUGGUGUGAGGCUGCUAGCAUUACAAUGACAGGAGUUCAGUUGAAGGAUACAAACUCUACUUCCAAUUCAGCUUUUACGGCUUUACAUUUUUCCUUCUUUGCAAAAUACAGUGUUAGUGGCAAGAACGCUCCUACAGAUGUUCACCCCCUCCUUCUUAGACGCACUGAAGACAAAAAAACCAACACAUCUCAAUUUCAUGUUUAUGCCUCUGCAGAUAUGAAAAAAUAUCCUGAAGCCUACGACCUUUUGUGUACUGCAUUGGAAGAUGCUAUAGAGCAAAUAGCAGAUAAGGCUCUUCUUAGACAUCCCAAUUUCUUCCAGAGCAUGCAAGGGGAAAUCAACAUAGUUCCUUUUUAUGACUCCACCCCUGGGCGCCCAUUCCAAAGCAUGGUUAUCAAUCUCAAUUGUGCUACCUUAGCUCAUAAAGAUACCAAAGAUAGAAAAGGUUGUGUGGUGUUAGUUAUCAGCCUGUGCAAAGGAGGUGAACUCUGCCUUUUUGAGCCUAGGCUGGUUCUGGAAAUGUCCAAUGGAGACUUUAUAGUUUUUCCUUCCAAAGUCUACACACAUUUCAAUCUUCACUAUUGGGGUAUCAGAUCUUCACUUGUUCUUCACUCAGAUAUCGAUGGGGAAUCUUAUAAGUUAGACAGUAAUGGUUGGGGACAAAACAAUUUUGUUUUAUAG